AUGCAGUUUAAUUUUCAAAGGGGUUUCAGUUCGGCAGCUUGUCUGCUAAGGCAGUGGCGUUUGGUCGAAUCAAGAAGAGUUGCAAAGCAACCUGAAUAUAAAGUAGGUGAUGUAAAGCCACUAUACAUCCCAAAGCAAGCAAAAAAAUUUCCUGAUUACCCUUAUGGUGAAUCUCAUAUUUUCAAACAAAGCAACAAGGGGCUAUAUGGUGCUUCCUUCAUACAGUUUGGUAAUAAUGUGUCCGAAUCUAAUAACAGGACAAGAAGAACAUGGCUACCUAACGUGUUGAGGAAAUCUCUUUGGAGUGAAGCUUUAAAAAGACCAAUCAAGAUUAAACUUACAGCUAAAGUUUUACGUACAAUCUCUAAAGAGGGUGGCAUUGAUAACUAUUUAACAAAGGAAAAAUCGGCCAGAAUAAAGGAACUAGGUCCUACCGGCUGGAAACUAAGGUAUUUGGUGUUAAAGGCCCAGAAAUUACAGGAGAAUCCCCCACACAAGGACGCCAAGAUAGUAAAGGAUUCCGAGGGCAAUGAUGUUACUGUUUAUUACGAAAUUCCACAUAAUGAUACGGUUUUAAGAAUCACAUGUGGUAAGAGAAAGCUGUUGUACAAUCUUUACCCACUAGAACUCAGAGAGUAUCUCGCUGAUGGGAAAUCACUCACUUACAGAGAUUUUCUAGAUAAUCAUCAAAAUCUCCCCAUUGAUGGGAUUGUCUCAAAAUUACAUCAGUACGGGUUUGAUUUCAAACAGAUUACUAUUUGA